AUGGUUCACUACUGUUGUGUCUCUAGAGACAGUAAGAUUCUUUACGCUUACAACGGCGGAGAUCACAGCAACGAGACUCUCGCGGCUCUGUGUUUGGAAAAGACUCCGCCUUUUCACAAUUGGUACUUCGAAUCCAUAGAGCAUCUGAGAGACGAAUUCAAGAAAGCUGCGAGGAACAAUUGUAAAGGAAGAAGCUUUACUGCUAUGAUUGGUUCAGUCAAUGUUGAAGAUCAGCUUGUUCCCGUUGUGUCUAAACUCAUAGCUUCACUUGAGCGUGUCGCUGAGGCUAACAACAACGAUUUGAUGUCUAAGAGCAGUGAUCUUGUUGAACAACAAAGCGAAGCUGUGAAUAGUUCCACGAACGCCCCGCUUUUGGGGAGGCCAAGCAAGCAAGAGAAGAAGAAAAGGAAAGAUCAUGUGAUCUCACUUAGAGGCAUUGAGCUUGAAGAGCACAGGAAAUCUAAUGUUAAAGGGAACAGAACAGAGCGUACUGAUGCUUCAACGUCGUUGCAGAAGGAGUAUGUACCGAGUAGGGGACGUUCUGAUUCGCAGAGAUUCGAAUGGAAGUGGCGGCGUCUAGUUCAGAUUGUUCUUGCUAUUGAUGCAGCUAUUUGCUUGACUCUCUUUGGUAUUUGGUUGGCUAUAUGUGAGGGCAUCAAGUGUACACCAUUGUUGUUUGUAUGUGAAGAGUCUGAAGACUAUGAGGCUCAAAUCAGACCUGGCCUUGAGGAUUUAACUUAA